AUGUCGACAGCCACCCCGGACUCGGACCCCGUAAAAAGCGACCGCACUCCAUCCCCGCAAUCCCGACCCCAGCCCCCCGCACUCCACGGGCCUGGCUUCCUCACGACGCGAUCCACCCAUGUCGUGACCGAAGGGGGCCACGGGGUGAUCACCGGCGCCGGGGAGGCCUCGGUGCAGUUCCAGUACUGCGAGGAUGAGCCGAUCCACAUCCCCGGCGCGAUCCAGAGCUUCGGCGCGAUGCUCGCCCUGCGAGAGCAGUCGGCCGGCCAGCUGGUGGUGCGGGUGGUCAGCGAGAAUUGCCACCGGCUGAUGGGCCAUUCGCCGCAGCAGCUGUUCCUGCUGCACAGCUUCUGCGACAUCCUGGCGCACGACCAGGCCGAGACCCUGUUGGACCAUAUCCGCGUUGCCCAGGACCGCACCGUCGAUCUCCGCGUCGAUGGGCCCGAGGUGUUCGCCCUGACCAUCGCCACGGCCGAGGGAGGAGAGCCCCGACGCUUCUGGUGCGCAGUGCACCUUGUCCCAGCACACAGCGAUCUGCUUCUCUGCGAGCUGGAGCUGGAAGACGACGAGAUCAGCCCGCUGUGUGCGCAGGCGAUGGCCUCGCCGCCGGUGCCGGUCAGCACGCUCGGGGUGUUCCCCACGGCAGAGCAGAUUGUCGCCAGCACGACCAAGACCAGCCAGCCGCUGCGGAUCCUGCGCACUGUGCGGCGCAGCAAAGGGCCGGCCGUCAUGGAGGUGUUCACGGUGCUGGCGCAGAUCCAGGAGCAGCUGGGGGCGACGCUCGAGCUGGACUCGCUGCUCAACACCACGGCCGGCCUGGUGAUGGAGCUGACGGGGUUCCCCAAGGUGAUGAUCUACCGGUUCGACAGCCGCUGGAACGGCCAGGUGGUGGCCGAGCUGGUCGAUCCGCAGGUGACGGUCGAUCUGUAUAAAGGGCUGCGCUUCCCGGCGGCGGACAUCCCGGCGCAGGCCCGCCAUCUGUACAAGCUCAACCGCGUGCGGCUGCUGUACGACCGCGACCAGAUCACCGCACGGCUGGUGUGUCGCUCGCGCGAAGACCUGGAGACGCCGCUGGACAUGACGCAUGCGUAUCUGCGCGCCCUGUCGCCCGUGCAUCUGCGCUAUCUCGCGCACAUGCAGGUGCGGUCGUGCAUGUCGAUCAGCAUCAACGCCUUUGGCGAUCUCUGGGGGCUCAUCUCCUGCCAUGCGUAUGGCACGCAGGGCAUGCGUGUCUCGUUCCCCGUGCGCAAGAUGUGCCGGCUGCUGGGCGAGACCGUGGCCCGCAACAUCGAGCGUCUCUCGCACGCCUCGUCGCUGCAGGUGCGCAAUCUCCUCAGCACGCUGCCCUCGCAGGCCAACCCGGCGGGCCACCUGCUGGCGUCGUGCGACGACCUGAUGCGCCUGUUCGAUGCCGACUACGGCGCGCUGUGCAUCGGCGACGAGACCAGGAUCCUGGGCGACGGCAGCGACGCCCACGACGUGCUGGCCCUGCUGGGCUUCCUGCGCAUGCACGGCCAGCGGGACUCGGUGCUGGCGUCGCACGACAUCGCCCGGGACUUCCCUGCGCUGCGCUAUCCCCCGGGCCUGCAGGUCAUCUCGGGCCUGCUCUAUCUGCCCUUCUCCCCUCACGGCGGCGACUUUCUGGUCUUCUUCCGCAAGGGCCAACUGGCCAAGAUCGCCUGGGGGGGGAAUCCCUAUACAAAACACCCCCCCCAGGGCUCGAUAGGCCUGCUGGAGCCGCGCAACAGCUUCGCCGCCUGGCAGGAGACGGUGCUCGGCCAGUCGCACGAGUGGUCGCCGGCCCACGUCGAGGCCGCGGCCGCGCUGUGCUUUGUGUGCAGCAGGUUCCUCAGCAUCCGCCGGCACAAGGAGGCCGCGAUGCAGAACUCGCAGCUCACCAGGAUCCUGCUGGACAGUUCGGCGCAUGCCUUUCGCACCCCGCUCAACGCCAUCCUGCAGCAUCUCGAGAUGGCCCUGGACGGCGCCCUCGACGACAAGACCCGCGACGGCUUGACGGGCUCCUACGGCUCGGCCGCCUCCAAGUCGCUCAUCCAUGUGCUCUCCGAUCUGCUCGACAUGGCCAACACCAAGCGAGGACAGCAGCUGCUGUAUCUCACCAUGGCGGGCGGCAGGGCCGACGUCGUCGACGCCUCUUCCAGCGCCUUUGGCAUCGGCAUCCGCGCUUGGUGCAUCACCGUCAUCCAUGAACCCUCGAGCAGGUUACGCCCGGAUCCAGAGGGCUACUUCUUCAUUGAAUGGCAGGUCUUCACCCUGGCCGGUCGACCACAGUAA